AUGCCCACUCUAGCGUGGCACUUGCGGAGAGCUGGCUCCGAGCACACCGGGCUGUACAUGCACACAGGAGACACAGUGCGCUUUACCGCAAAACACUGUGACUGCCCGGUCACUCGCUCCCCCGCGGAAGUGAGUAUUGCCUGCACCCCUACCAGACAGUUUUACACAGAGAAGAAGCCAUGGAGACUGGGCAGAAUAAUUGGUCAAGGAGGCUUUGGAUUGAUCUAUUCAGCUUCGCAGGAAGUGGACACACCUGUUGGGGAGGACUCUAAUUUUCUCAUUAAAGUGGAUUACCAUGUGGAUUGGCCUCUGUUUUCUGAGCUCAAGUUCCAUCCGAGGGAAACUAAACCUGAGAACAUGCUGAUGUUGAAGGGGAGCAAGAAGCUGGACUUCCUGGUGAUCCCUGCAAACUGGGGAUCAGGACUAGCAGAACACAACAGAACCAGGUACAGGUUCAUGGCGAUGGACCGCCCGGGCAGUGACCUUCAGAAAGUAUGCGAGAGAAAUGGUGACAAGCUAAAGAAACACACAGUACUACAGCUAGGAUGUGUCCUGCUGAAUGUCCUUGAGUAUAUCCAUGACAACGAGUAUGUCCAUGCAGAUGGAAAGAAGGCCAACCUAAUGCUUGGUCACACAGACCCAAACAAGGUUAGCACUAGCGAUGUGUACCUGUCUUACAGGUACAGCCCAGAUGGAGUGCACAAGGAGAACAAGGAAAACCCGAAGAAGGGACACAAACGAACCGUAGAGUACACCAGCAUUGAUGCUCAAAAUGGAGUCGCUCCAUCUAGACGUGGGAACCUGGAGGUGUUGUGCUUCUGUUUGCUCCACUGGCUGUUUUGGGCGCUGCCCUGGGAGGCCAAGGCCAGACUCAUGUGUAAUCUACCUGGCUCGGUGCAGCAGCUGUCUGUGGGUGGAGCUUCCACAUGUUAG